AUGUUCCUCGGUGGAACAGCCGGAUGGGGAACCGCAGACUGCAACAGCUAUGUUGCGGGGCUCGAGGCCUGGGGAGAAACACCUGCGUCAACAGUCGCCCAACAGUACUACAACACGGGGACUCUGGUCGGCGCCAUGGGAUGCCAGGGCGAUUCUCUGGGAUGUGUGAGGGCUUCAGGAGAGCCUGGCCCUGUUAUGAGAGCUCCAGGACAAUUAGUACCAGGUGGUCUUUCCUCGGAUCCGACUUCGGACAUAGCUUGUGCUGCGCAGGAAGCCGCCGAGAAAGGGCGGCGCGAACAUGCCAAACGAAAAGGCUUGAUUGCUGCGUCGGACGCCGAGCUCUCAGGUGGGAUUUUCCAUGACGUUGAUCCAGCCAUGGUUCCUGCAGACAUGCUUCCGGUGCCGAUGAUGGCUGACCAGGCUAUUCUCACGAAAGGCACCCUCGAGAGACACACAUUCCUCGCCAUUGGACCUCUAGCCGGAUGCACGCUGAGGCUGCGCGGUCCCGGUGACGAUGACGGCUUUAUCGACGUAGAAGACGAAGUGGAAGGGUGCGAGGCGCUGAUGCAGACGGACCAAGAGAGGCUUGUUGCCGCUAAGCAGAAAGCUAAAGCCCAGCUGCACGAGGAAGACCAGGAAAUGCUAUACUUCACACCUUAUGUCGGCAACCUGCCCAUCUAA